UUCUUCCCCAUUUAUCCAUUCUUCGUGAUACAAUAUGUCUAAUAUUGUACCAACUCGAACGCUUAUUAAUCUUUGGUGUAUCGUUCGUGAAAAUCGUUCUAUUUUCAAAAUUACUAUAGGAUUGGGUAACGAUCUUGACGACCUUAAAAAAGUUAUCAAGGAGGGGAAGCCAAAUUAUUUUGUUAAUGCUGAUGCCGACGAACUAAUUCUAUGGAGAACCAAUGUUGCUUCGAAUAUACUUAGGAACAAAGAAACUGCUAUUGAACCCUACUUAAACGAAAAAUUAGAUGAUCCAGCCGAUACGGUUAGAAAUACAUUUCAAAACGUUGUAGGAAAUAAUAUUCGAGUUAUUGUUGACGUUCCCGUUACUGAGCAACCCAGUGCUAGGAAAAAACCACGAGAGAAUAAUAUCAUAACGACAGAUGGACCAUUACAACCACUUUCGGGUUCAUUGAUGAUUUCUAGAAAUUUCUUUCAAGAAGUGGAAUCUAUUUUAUUGAAUGGACAAUCGUUUGUUAUUCAUGGUCCUUAUCAAAGCGGAAAGUCAACUUUUCUGUUCCAUCUCAGGACGUCAUUUAUUGGUAAAAGCCUAGAUUUUGCGCAUCUCACGAUGGCAGGUGUAAAAGGAUCCAUAUUAACCAACGUGCGAACAGGGUUUUACGAUUACAUGUCAUUUAUGCUCUUUAAGGAAACGCUUGAUGAAACAAAAACUUUUGCACAUAUCUACAAUCUAAAGGAUCCUUUAUACAUCCUUAUCGAAGAAUUCCAAUAUAUCUUCACAAACCCAGAGCUUUGUGAGGUGGCUAAAGAUUUCUUCCGAGAAAUUUCAAAUGCGAUGAAUAUACAUUAUGUUGCUGUGGGCACCUUUAAGCUUGUGGAUUUGAAGAAAAGUGACAGUGACAAACUUAUUUCGCCUUUCAACAAGGCCUUAUUCAAACAAAUGCCAAUGUUCAGCAUUCAAGAGAUGGGCGAGCUCUUCAAUCUAUAUCAAUCAAACUUAGAUAAAAAUGGUGUUUUACUUGAUUUGAGAACCAAGAUUAUAGAAGAAUCUUGUGGACACCCGGCAUCUUUCAUGAUUUUAUUGAAGAUUUUUUAUGAUUUUCGGCCAACCCUUGAUAAGUGGACAAGAGUUUUGCAAGGAAACCUUGAAAGGUACAUGAAUGUGACUCAUACUAAGUUGAAAGAUGAAAUAGAAGAAAUGGAUGACAAUGAAAAGGAAUAUCUUCGCGAACUCACAGAUUAUCAGAAAGAUCAUUGGAGCAUGGAAUUAGGUGAUUUAACGAAACUCGAUGAUAUAGAUAAUAAGUUAUUGGACAUCGGAAUUCUUUACAUAAUGGACAUAAAUAAAGUUGGGUUUACAAGCUGUAUUAUAUUACGUGUUUGUAUUAAUGCCACUUUUCCUACAUCAUCAAAAAGACUAUCCAGAGAC